AGAUGGGUUGGAUAACUGUGAAAGCAGCCUGAUGAAAACAUGGGAGAGUGACUUGUUUUGUGGCAUCAUUGCACUUGACCUAUUUAGCAAAUGUCAUAAAAUCAUUGACCCACUACCAUACAUAGAGGACUGUAAAUAUGAUUUAUGCAUGGGAGGUGGUCUGCGACAUUUCCUCUGCAGUGCAGUGGAGGCUUAUGCUGAAGCUUGUCAGAUUGCUGGGGUCCAGGUUCAAGAGUGGAGGAAGAAGGCACAAUGUCCUGCCAAAUGUCCAGCAAACAGCCAAUAUGAGCUCUGUGGCAGCGCCUGUCCUGACACAUGUUCGGACCCAAAUGCUUCCUCCAAAUGCAAACGCCCUUGUGUGGAGACCUGUACCUGUAAAGCAGGCUUUGUUUUAAGCGGAGAUAAGUGUGUUCCUGCUGCUCAGUGUGGCUGUACCUAUGAGGGUCGAUAUAUUCCUCCCGGAGAGGCAUUCUGGGCUGACCAAGGCUGCAAGCAAUGGUGUAAAUGUGUAGCUGGAAGCAGACAGGUUCAGUGCGAGGAAAAGGGCUGCAGGACCGGGGAGGAGUGCAAAGUGGUUGAUGGCAUAAGAAAGUGCCAAGCAUUGUCUUUCAGCACCUGCCAGGCCACUGGUGAUCCCCAUUAUAUGACCUUUGACAAGAAGAAAUUUAACUUCCAGGGCACAUGUGUCUACCAGCUUGUUGCACUCUGUUCCAAGGACCCAGAGUUAGUGCCAUUUGAAAUCCUAGUGCAGAAUGAUCACCGGGGCAGCAAGGUGGUCGCCUACACCGGGUUAGUAGAGAUCAAGGUGUACUCCUUCAGCAUUAUCAUUACUAAGACACACAAAGGCCAGCUUAUGGUGAAUAACGAGCUGGUCAAUCUGCCUAUCACCCUGGAGGAGGGAAAGAUAUCUGUCUACAAGAGUGGCUGGUAUGCAGUCGUCACAACUGAUUUUGGCCUGAAAGUUUCCUUUAACUGGGACAGUGCCGUGUUUGUAACACUGCCAAGCAACUACAUGGGUGCCGUUUGUGGCCUCUGUGGCAACUACAACGGCAAACCUGAGGAUGACCUGAUCCCGAAAAAUGGUAAAACACCCGUUUCGCCAGUAGAUUUCGGUACCAGCUGGCGAGUGGCUGAGAUCCCGGGUUGUGUCGAAGGCUGUAAAGGGGUCUGUCCUGACUGCGACAUUAAUCAGAAAGUUCAGUAUGAAAAAGAUGAUUUCUGUGGUGUGGUAAAAGAUGCAAAAGGGCCAUUCCGCGACUGCCACGCCAAGGUUGAUCCAGCUAGCUUUUUUGAAGACUGUGUUUAUGAUGUAUGCUUAUAUAAGGGCAGGAAGGACGUGCUGUGUAAGGCUAUUACAGCAUACACAUCUGCCUGUCAGGCUGCAGGGGCCAAUGUGUACAACUGGAGAACGGUUCACUUCUGUGCGAUGCAAUGUCCCACCAACACCCACUAUGAAAUUUGUGCAAUCGCCUGUCCUGUGACUUGCCAAAGUCUGACUCCUCCUAAAGGCUGUCAAGCUCAGUGUGCGGAGGGCUGUUCCUGUGAUGAUGGUUACAUCCUUAGCGGAGAUGCAUGUGUUCCCUUAUCGGAGUGCGGCUGCGUUCACAAUAACCGCUACUACCGAACUGGAGAAGUGUUUUAUCCCAAUGGGAAAUGUGAGGAGGAGUGCAAUUGCAAAAAAGGAGGAGAGGUUGAGUGCAAGAAGUUCACAUGUGGCCCUAAUGAGAAGUGUAAAAUAGAAGAUGGUGUCCAAAAAUGCCACCCUGUUGGCAAGGGUGUAUGCCAAGCUGCUGGUGACCCCCAUUACCUCACUUUUGAUGGUAAAAAAUUUGAUUUCCAGGGGACCUGCACUUAUACACUGUCCAAGAGUUGUGGACUGGAAGGUACCCACUUGGUGGACUUUUCCGUUCAGGUAGAAAAUGAGCAGUGGGACAGGGUUAAGAACAGAAAGGUGGUGUCUGUAACCAAGCUGGUUGCCGUGGAGGUCUACGGCUUCACUCUCAUCAUGAGGAACAAUAUGUUUGGAGUCCUGGUAAAUGGCGUGUUGAGCUACCUUCCUAUGAAUCUAAAUGAUGGAGCCAUUCUAGUUUAUCAAGAAGGCAAUCGUUAUGUUAUUGCAACCAAUUUUGGGCUCCUUGUCACUUAUGAUCUGGUCUAUCAAGUGACAGUCACAGUACCUGGUAAUUAUCGUGGUAAGGUCUGUGGCCUGUGCGGCAACUACAACGGGGACAGAAACGAUGACUUCGAGAUGCCCAAUCGUAGGCUUACCAAUAACGUGAAUGAGUUUGGAAAGUCAUGGAAGGUCACCAUUCCCAAUGUUGUGUGUGAAAAUGGCUGCGAAGGGAAUUCUUGUCCUGAAUGUGACCCAGCUCUCAAGGCAGUGUUUUCAAAGUCCGCCUACUGUGGUAUAAUGACCAAUCCCAACGGGCCUUUUGCAGUUUGCCAUAGCAUCUUGGACCCUCAGCCAUAUUUUGCUGACUGUGUGUUUGAUUUGUGUGCUUCCAAUGGUGAUGGAAAGGUGCUUUGUGACAGCGUAGCAGCCUACGCCUUUAACUGUCACGCUGUAGGAGCCGAUGUCAAAAACUGGAGAACACCUUCCUUCUGUCCCAUGAAAUGCCCGAUCAACAGUCACUACGAAGUGUGUGCUGAAGCCUGCUCCGCCUCCUGUGCUGGCCUCACAGAGAUUGUUCAGUGCCCCUCCAACUGCACAGAAGGCUGUGACUGUGAUGCUGGCUUCUUAUUCAAUGGACAGACUUGUGUUAAAGAGAUUGAGUGUGGAUGCUAUGAGAAUGGAAAAACUUAUAAGCCUGGUGAUGUUGUGUAUGAGGAAGACUGUAACAGAAAGUGCACAUGUAAUCCAGGAAAAGGCCUCAUCUGUGAAAAGCACUCCUGUCCUCAAGACACCAAAUGCAUGGUCAAGAACGGAAUCAGGGCAUGUUACAACACAGAUCCCUGCAAAGAUCUCAAGUGUCGGGCACAGGAGACAUGCCGAGUUGAGAAGGGCGAGGCUACGUGCAUCCCCAAAUACACAGGCACCUGCUGGGCCUGGGGCGACCCUCACUACCACACAUUUGAUGGGUACAACUAUGACUUCCAGGGGACCUGCAAGUACGUCAUCUCUAAGACGUGCGGCGAACUGGAUGGUCUAGUUCCAUUUUUGAUCACUGAGAGGAAUGACAACAGAGGCAACACAGCAGUUUCCUACGUCAGAAAUGUAGAUGUGUUUGUGUACGAUUACCAGAUCACCAUCCAGAAGAACCAAGUUGGUCAAGUCAUGGUGGACGGGGAGCUGCUGAAUCUUCCUGUACUUUUGGGUGAUGGUAAAGUCUCAGUGUUACAAAGAGGGAACACUGCACAGGUGGAGACAGAUUUUGGUCUGGUUGUCUCCUAUGACUGGAACUGGUACCUUGUCAUUAAGCUUCCCAGCAGCUACUUUGGCUUGGUCUGUGGUUUGUGCGGCAACUUCAACGCUAAUGUUCUUGAUGAAAUGCUAAAUCCAGCAGGCAAACCAGUUUCCUCAGUCAUUGAGUGGGGCAAGAGCUGGCUAGCACCUGAACAGGACAAGGAACAUCCUUGCUGGGACACAUGUGAGAAAAACUGCCCUACCUGUGACAACGACGAUGUUAAGCUCUAUAAAACCGAGGCGUUCUGUGGGGCUCUUGCGGACAAGACCAGCGGCCUGUUCCAGAAGUGUCAUGAAAAGGUGGACCCCCAGGCCUUCAUGAACAACUGUGUGUAUGACAUGUGUUACAACAAGGGGGACAAAAAGAUGCUGUGCCAGGCUCUGGCCUCCUACAGUGAUAAGUGUCGUGACGAAGGAAUAAUAAUCAAGAACUGGAGAACAAAAUUUGGCUGUCCGAUGAACUGUCCGCGCAACAGCCACUACGAAGACUGCGCCAGCCCGUGUCAGCCAUCCUGCCCAUUAACUGGAGAAAAGCAGGUCUGCAGCGGGACCUGUGUGGAGACCUGUGUGUGUGACGAGGGUUACGUCCUCAGCGCCGGCGUCUGUGUACCUGCAAAAACAUGUGGUUGCUCAUAUCAGGGUCGCUACUACAAACCAGGACAGCAGUUCUGGGAUGAUGAAGCUUGCCAUCGCCUGUGCGAGUGUGAUAUGACCCUGGGCAUUGUGGCAUGCCGUGAGGCUUCCUGCUCUGCCAAAGAGCAGUGUACUGUAGUGGAUGGAGAGCGCGCCUGCCGACCCAUUAGUUACGCCACUUGCUCGGCCUCAGGUGACCCGCACUACCGCACUUUUGAUGGCCGCAGGUAUAAUUUCCAAGGCACGUGUGUAUAUCAGCUGGCAGGGCUUUGCUCUCAGCAGCCUGGGCUGGUGCCGUUCAAGGUGACUGUGCAGAAUGACCACCGGGGAAGCAAGGCCGUGUCCUACACAAGCACCGUCAAAUUUUCCAUAUAUGGCAUCACUCUCACCAUAAGCAGAGAAUACCCUUACAAAGUCUUGCUCGACGGGCAGCUUGUUUUGUUGCCACUGAAUUACAAUAACGAGCUGAUGGUGUCCCUCAGCGGCUGGAAAGCUGUAGUGGAGACAGCUGCUGGUAUCACGGUGACCUUUGACUGGCAGAGCACAGUGACCGUUACUCUGCCCAGCACCUACCAGGGUGCAGUCUGCGGCCUGUGUGGUAACUACAAUGACAAAGCUCAGGAUGACCUGACAAUGCCCAACGGCAACACCACGUCUAAUGAAAGACAGCUGGGGGACAGCUGGCAGGUGGCCAUUGUACCAGGCUGCUCAUCAGUCUGCCAAGGGCCGUGGUGCCAAGCCUGUUCAGACUCCCAGAAGAAAGUGUAUGAAGCCAACAAGUACUGUGGCAUUAUUGCAGACAAGGCAGGGCCCUUUAAAGAUUGCCAUAGCCGUGUGGACCCAGCUCCUUACAUGGAGGACUGUGUUUUUGACGUUUGCCAAUAUCAAGGGCACCAUGGAUCAGUGUGCGAUGCUGUGGAAGUGUAUGCCUCUGCAUGUCAGAGCAUUGGAGUCACCAUCUACUCCUGGAGAGCAGAAAGCUUCUGUCCUAUGGCUUGUCCUGCUAACAGCCAUUACAGCCUGUGUGCCACGGGUUGUCCAGCCACCUGCGCAAGCUUAACCCCCGUUACCAGCUGCCACAGGUAUUGUUCAGAAGGCUGUGAGUGUGACGAAGGCUACCUCCUGAGCGGGGAUACCUGCGUGCCUGUGAAGGACUGCGGGUGCUCUUAUGAUGGUCAGUACUACCAAAAAGGAGACGUCUUCUAUUCUGAAGACAAGUGCGCAGAGGAAUGCACUUGUGGGGACAAUGGAGCUGUGUCUUGUCAAAAGGCCAAGUGCCGUCCAGGAGAAAUCUGUAAGCUUGUAAAUGGAGUGAAAGGCUGCUAUCCAGAGGGGGAAGGCAAAUGUGUGGCUUCCGGUGAUCCUCAUUACAUUUCCUUUGAUGGACGUAGGUUUGAUUUCCAGGGUACCUGUGUCUAUGUACUGGCCAAGGUUUGUGAUGAUGACAAAGGUCAGCUGACGCCGUUCACCGUCACUCAGGGGAAUGAGAAGUUUGGAAAUGGAAAGGUGGCUGUGACGAAGUCAGUGGCAGUGUCAGUCUAUGGUUAUGCCAUUUACAUCCAGCAGAAAAUGCCUUGGAAAGUCUUUGUGGAUGAUGAACUACUAAACCUUCCGCUAUCCCUGGAGAAUGGGCGUCUCAAAAUAACCCAGGAAGGUCGCAACAUAAUUGUUCGAACAGCCUUUGGACUGACAGUCCUCUAUGACACUGUGUAUUAUGUUGAGGUGAUUGUUCCCUCUACAUACCAGGGAAAGAUGUGUGGUCUUUGUGGAAACUACAACAAGAACGGUGGUGAUGAUUUCAUUCUUCCUGGUGGCAAACAAGCCAAAAACGUUGAUGAAUUUGGGAUGGCAUGGACGGUGGACCUACCUGGGUAUAUAUGUGGAGGCUGUGGAGGACAGUGCCCAGAAUGUGAGCAGGCCAAAGCUGUCCUGUAUGGAAAAUCCGACUCCUGCGGCAUCAUCAGUGCGCCUAAUGGGCCUUUCAAAGCCUGCCACAGUGUCAUUGACCCAGCAGUAUAUCUGUCGGAUUGUGUGUUUGAUGUUUGUGCUGUGGGGGGCAACAAAGACACUCUGUGUAACAGUGUGCAGGCUUACGCUUUGGCCUGCCAGAGUGCAGGAGUUCAAAUCCAGCAGUGGAGGAGCAACUCUUUCUGCCCUGCAUCAUGCCCUCCACACAGUCACUAUGAGCUGUGUGCCGACACCUGUAGUGGGACAUGUGCCAGUUUUGUUACCCCGUUUGGUUGUUUUCCGGGCUGUUUUGAAGGAUGCCAGUGUGAUGAUGGCUUCGUUUUCAAUGGUGUCCAGUGUGUUGUCCUGGAAGACUGUGGGUGUAUGUACAACGGCAGAUAUCUGAUGGUGGGCCAAGAAUUGGUGGACAACGACUGCAAGUCAAAGUGUGUGUGCCAGGCCUCUGGUAUGGUAAAGUGUGAAAAGCUGUCCUGUGCCAGUGGGGAAGUUUGCGAUAUCAGAGACGGAGUCAGGGGUUGCCACCUGAAGCAGGGCCAAUGCGUCGUCAGCCGUGAUGGCCAGCUAAGCUCCUUUGAUGGUAUGUCAGGCGCGAUAGGAGCACAGGGCGCUUUCCAAGUGGCGUCUCUGUGUGACGAGAGCGCUGAGCUGUGGUUCCGUGUGGUCGUGGACGUUAGGGUCUGCAACAAGGGGGCAGCUCCCACUGUUGCCAGUGUGUAUGUGUUCUUCAGCGAUACCAUCGUGGCAGUGAACAGCGAACACGUGACCUGGGUAAAUGGCAGGAAAGUGUCUCUUCCCAGCAAAGUGACAAGCACACUGUCUGUCCAAAUCUCAGAGAGGGCUUUGAUCAUCGAAAGGGCGUCCGCUGUGCGGGUCACUUACUCUAUUUCUCAGGAGGUCACCGUCAUUAUUCACAGUAGCCUGUCUGGUAAAAUGUGCGGCGCCUGUGGUAACUACAAUAACGACUCCAAAGAUGACAUGACGACAGCAGAUGGAAAAAUCACAACUGAUGUGUCUGUAGUUGUCGGCUCCUGGAGCGCUGGGGACUUUUCCAGAUGUGGCCUGUAGAGAUGCUGGUCCUGUUCCGACAAAAGCAUCUGGUUAACAGGAUGAAGAAUCUCGCUUGUUCACAGAUUUACUCAACCUGCUUCAGCACCUCGUCUUGAUUCAUGGAAUAGUUUAAGUUGCUUCCUGGUGAUUGUGCCUUCUAUUGUUUACCCAGGGUUUAGAAAAAAGAGGGAAAGAAAGGGGCGAAAGAGGCAUGGAGCUCAUUCUUGACCAAUAUCUCCAUCUAGUGGGGGAGAAAAUUAUUCCAUCUCCUUUCCCGUUAUGUCUUGCCUGUCUUGCCUGUCUUGCAAUACUUUUUAAUAUGUGUCUGUUAUUAAAAAACACAUUGUUCUGACCGCUAAAUAAAGAUAUUU